GCGGCGGGCGGGGCUGCCGUUGCUAGGCGGAAGUGCGACGGCUGGCGGCAGUUGGAGUUUAAAGGCUCCGAGGCGGUAAAGCGGCGGUCGGUGGCGGCAGAACGGCAGUGGAGCUGCUUGGGCUUCAGGUGCGUCCUUCGCUCCGCUUCGCGAGCAGCUGCGCUUCCUGACCCCGCAGCAGCCGCCGGGCGGAGCGAGGAGAUGGUCUCCAGAGCCGCCGAUCGGCUGCUGAUCGUCGUCUCCGUUCUGGAAGGGCGCUAUUUUCCAAAACGACCCAAGCAUAUGCUUAUAGUUGAAGCGAAGUUUGAUGGUGAGCAGCUGGCUACGGAUCCUGUAGAGCAUACCGAUCAGCCAGAAUUUGCUACGGAAUUGGCUUGGGAACUUGAUAGGAAAGCACUUCAUCAGCACAGGCUGCAGCGUACGCCUAUCAAACUUCAGUGUUUUGCAUUGGAUACUGUAACUUCAGCUAAAGAGAAUAUAGGCUAUAUUGUACUUGAUUUAAGGGCUGUGCAGGAAAAUAAACAGACACCAAAAUGGUAUGCUCUGCUUAGUAACAAGUACACUAAAUUUAAAUCUGAAAUACAAGUAGGUGUUGUGUUGGAGACUGAUUCAAAAGCAAUGGUUGAUGGUUUUAAAGCAAAGGAGGCACCCCCUAGAGAAGGGAAGGCACCUGCCUUUCUUUCUGCACUAGACUCUAAAAGUAUUGUACCAGUCUUGAAUGAAGAAGAGGGCUAUCAUCAAAUUGGACCAGCAGAGUAUUGCAGAGACUACUUUGUCUUGUCUGUAACUAUUGCAUUUGCCACACAGUUGGAACAGUUAGUUCCUAGUACUAUGAAACUUCCUGAACGGCAGCCCGAGUUUUUUUUCUACUAUUCAUUACUGGGAAAUGAUGUCACAAAUGAACCUUUCACUGAUUUAAUUAAUCCAAACUUUGAGCCAGAAAGAGCUUCAGUUCGAAUACGUAGUACAGCUGAUGUCCUUCAAGUUUAUUUUGGUGCACAGUCAAAGUUGCAGAUCCACCUUUGCUGUGGGGACCAGUCUCUUGGAAGCACUGAAAUACCACUUUCUGGACUACUGAAGAAAGGAAAUGUGGAGAUUGAUCAGCACCCUGUGGCAAUAGAAGGAGCAUUUGUCCUUGUUCCACCCAAUAAAGCUAAACAGAAACUGCCACAGUUGCCUCUGGAUAUGGCUCCUACUAUUGGGGUAUCUGUAAUUCUGCAAAGGGAGAAUACGAUUGCCCAGCCUUUGAUUCCCUUAAAUGCUCAAGUGGAACCCAAACAACCACAGGAUAAAGUUCUUUCACCUAUUAGUGGAAAAAAAGAGGGCCUGCAGCAGAGAUCCCAGAACGUCCCAACCCAAGAUGACCGCUCUUCUUCAACAGAAGAUGAAGCAACAGAAAGUGAAGUGGAAAGUCUUAAGGUUGAAAAAAGCCUGAAACCAAAGCAAAACGGGCUGGUGACUGAGUCUUGCCAAGAGGUUAACAAGUAUACUGAAGAGCUUCCAGUUUUUAAGUCACAGAGCACAGCAAAGACACCUCUGUCAGAUCUGCAAAAUUCCACUCAUAAGGGUCCAGUAGCUGCAUCUCAGCCCAACCCUGUGGGUGCAUCCAGCUCUUCUGAGCCUGUGUCAGCACAGAAAAUUGUCAUUCCAGCAGCCUCUCACCAUUUUUGCUUUUCAAUAGAUUUGCGAAGUAUCCGUGGUCUGGAAGUUGGUUUUCCAAUAAAUUGCAUUUUAAGGUACUCGUAUCCAUUUUUUGGCAGCGCAGCGCCUAUUAUGACAAGCCCACCUGUAGAAGUCAGAAAGAACAUGGAAGUCUUUCUUCCGCAGUCCUACUGUGCAUUUGACUUUGCAACCAUACCUCAUCAGCUUCAAGAUACAUUCUUCAGAUUACCUCUGCUGGUUGAAUUGUGGCACAAGGAUAAAACAGCUAAAGACUUACUUCUAGGGGUGGCGAGACUUCAGCUUUCAAAUGUUUUGGCUUCAGAAAAAACCCGUUUCUUGGGUGGUAAUGGUGAACAAUGCUGGCGUCAGACUUGUAAUGAAACAGUCAGUGUCACAGCAGCAGAAGGGUCAGGCAACAGAGUAGCAGAGCUUUCAUAUGCUAUCACUUUGGAAGACUAUGGGCUUGUGAAAAUGCAAGAAGUUCUGGUGUCAGAUUCUUCUCAAUGUGCAGGUGCUGGUCAACAACGGCAUGUCCCUCCCAUUCAGCCUCGUUGUGCCCCAGAAAACCAUCCAGAACCUCGAGAAACUCUUGAAUACAAAGCAGCAUUGGAGUUAGAAAUGUGGAAGGAAAUGCAGGAGGACAUUUUUGAAAAUCAGCUUAAAAAGAAGGAAAUGGCUCAUAUGCAAGCACUUGCGGAAGAAUGGAAGAAAAGAGAUAGAGAGAGAGAAGCAUUAGUGCAGAAAAAGGUAACAGAAUAUACUGUUUUGGAAGAACAACUUCAGAAAACUCUGAGAGAUCUGGAUAAGCGAGAAAGACAGCUUUUUAAUGCUGAAUCAGAGCUUCAAAGAGUAAAGAAGGAGUUGCAAGCAGAGCAUGAACGAAAUCUGCAGGAGCUACAGGAUUCUGUGCGGCGAGCCAGAGAAGAAUGUGCACACCAGGUUGAGCUAGAAAGGUCAAAAAUCAAACAGCUGGAAGAAGGCAAGCUUCACUUACAGCAGCAGCUUUAUGAAGCAGAAACUAAACAUAAAACUUUGGAGAAGGAGUUCCAACAAUACAAAGAACAGCAAAGUAGUAAACCAGAAAUCCAGCUACAGUCGGAAAUAAAUCUUCUCACUUUAGAAAAGGUUGAACUUGAAAGAAAGUUAGAGUCAGCUACCAAGUCAAAGCUCCACUACAAACAACAAUGGACAAGGGCUUUGAAAGAACUUGCAAGGUUAAAACAGCGUGAACAAGAAAAUGCGAUGGCUCAUCUUAAAAAGCAGCAACAAGAGCUGGAGCACAUGAGGUUGCGCUAUUUGGCAGCAGAAGAAAAAGAGCUGGGGAAAACAGACCGACAAGAGCUGGACGAUAUCAGAAAUGAACUCAACAGGCUAAAGCAACAAGAAGAAGAGAGAAAGCAAUUGCAGGAUACUAGAGAUAAUUCUGCUGCUCGAGUGGAUAGUCUUCAUUCUAGAAAAGUAAAUGAUAACGUGGAUGAUUAUCUAUCUCGUCUGAUAGAAGAGAGGGAUACACUGUUGAAAACAGGAGUAUAUAAUCAUGAAGACCAUAUUGUAAGUGAACUCGAUCGUCAAAUCAGAGAAGCUAUCGCAAAAAGGAACACCACUAGAUAAGAACAUACAAAAAAUUGUUUAAAAGGGCCAAAGUUUGAACAGUGAGUGUUUUGUUUUUUUUUUUUUUUUUAGAAACAUGUAUUACAUUGCUAAAUAUGUAAGGUCAUUGUAUAUAUUUGCAGCAUGUGAAGUUAAGCACGGUUGUAAGUUUUACGGGACAAUGACUGGUUUUUAAUGGUGGUUUUUUUAGUCAUGUGUAUAUGUGUAAAUAUAUUUAUCUUGUGUAUUUUCUUUGAAAAUAUUUUGUACUUCCUUUUGCAUCACCCUGGCUAGGUUUAUUUGUAAUCUUUUUAAUAUUCUAACAUUUUUGAGCAAUACUAUAAUAUUUUCUUUCAAUUUAUGAAGAGAUCUCUUCAGCUAUACUUGGGAAAAGUUACAUAAGCUGUGUUCUCAGACAGAACUCUUAAUUCUGAACCAAAGUGCAGCACUGGCAAAAUAUCACUUUUUUUACUAAAUCACACGGUAAUCAAUUUUUCUUCCUCAGCUGUAGCUAAUAUAACUAAGCUGUGUAGUAAAUAAGAGACAAUGGUGGGGGGAGGAGGAGGGGAACGUCUGAAUCUUAUGAAAAGGAAACUGAAUCAAUUAAGUAACUAGACUGUUGGUACAGCAUGAAAAUCCCUUUGCACUAGCAGUUUUGCAGAUAGGCCUGUAAGGGUGAACACAGGAGGGUACAGGCCUAGUUCAGAACUAUACAUACGUUCUUACUUCCAUCGCUAAUCACGAAAGAUACUUGAAUCACUAAUUCAGUGAAUUCAUGCACUUCAAAAUUCUGAACACAUACAUAAAACAAGAGCUUUUAAAAAUAAAUAAGUUCUCCUUAAUUGAGACCUAACUACUUUACUGUUACUUUAUAAAUAUUUCAAAGCAUGUUACCUCAUGACCACUUAAAUUGUACGUGUAGGUCUUGACUGUAUGAAUAGAAGCGAGCUCAAGACAUUGCAUAAAAGAAGAGAAAUCCACAAUAAAUUUUAGUUUGUAUGUAAUCACAGUUGAAGCAGUUUUGGUUUCCAGCCUUCAUUUUAUUUCAAAUCAUUUUUGGUUUACAAUAAUUUAUGCAGAUCUACCUAAUAUUAACUUAAAACACUGUCCUUUCAAUAGGCAUAUUGUCUGUUCUGUAGGCAGAAACUGGACAAAUUUGAAAAGUCAAACUCUGUUUGAAUGUCAAGUACAUAAAACAUCUUAUGAUUGGUUAGUUUUAGAAUGAACAAAGAUACAAAUGCAAAAAUUCUUUUUUUAACAUAAAUUCAGUGAACUGCCAUGGACAUAGCUUUCCUGUUUGUACGAUGUUAAUUACAAAACUGACUUUGCCUCUAGAUGCAUUGUUUUGUUUUCCCUACCAUGGCCAUAUAUUUGUUUAGGCUUCUUGUAUAAAUCAAGAUCAUAUUUUGUGCAGAAUUAUCAAUACCAGACUUCAUAAGAAACACUUUUAUAGUACCUUGCACACUGUACUGUAUUUUUCAACUUGGUGUGCUUAAAGACAAAGCAAACACCUUCAUAAAUCCAUGAAAAGUCCUUCUACAGAUUUUUUUUUUUCCCAUCAUGGUUUUGUCAUAUCGCUGAUACAUGAUCGUAUGUAAUUAUUGUAAAUGAAUCGAGGAUAUUCUGUUUUGACAGGAAGACUUGCUCAUGGUGUUUUUCAACUGCUUGCUCACUUGUUAAAGUGCAAUUUCUUCUUCAGACGCUGGAGGGUGCCUUAGACUUAAAGAUCACAGACUGUGUUGAUUAAAUAUUUGUAACUGGUCACUCUUUUUGAACUGGUAUUCUGUGACGUUUCAGGUGUGUUGCUUUAUUUAAUAAAAAUUCAGAUUUUAAGUAGUAAGAA